GCCCCGUAACAGCAGGGGCUCAGUAUCGGGCCUUUAAAAAGACUCCGGCCGCGUUAAAAAGGGCAGUUUAAGACGUGCUGUCAAAGCAUCGUAACCUACCGGGAUUUGGUGAUUUCGGACUUAACCCAAGGUUGAUUUUAUCGGAAAUAUGUCUUCCUCAAGUCCCGACCAGCGCCUGGAUCACCUCCUGAGCGCAGUGGAGAGCGAGUUUCAGAAGGGCAGCGAGAAAGGCGACGCGUCCGAGCGGGAUAUUAAACUUUCCCUUGAUGACGCGGAGUUGUGGACCAAAUUUAAAGAACUCACAAAUGAAAUGAUUGUCACUAAGACUGGAAGGCGAAUGUUUCCCGUGCUGAGAGCCAGUGUCUCCGGUCUUGACCCCAACGCAAUGUACUCGGUGCUGCUGGACUUCGUGGCGGCCGAUAAUAACCGGUGGAAAUAUGUGAACGGCGAGUGGGUGCCGGGUGGAAAACCCGAACCUCAGAGUCCGAGCUGCGUCUACAUCCACCCAGACUCACCCAACUUCGGCGCGCACUGGAUGAAAGCGCCCGUCUCUUUCAGCAAAGUCAAACUCUCCAAUAAACUCAAUGGAGGAGGACAGAUUAUGUUGAACUCUUUGCACAAAUACGAACCCCGUAUUCACAUAGUAAAAGUCGGCGGGAUCCAGAAAAUGAUCAGCAGUCAGUCUUUUCCUGAGACCCAGUUUAUAGCAGUCACAGCGUAUCAGAACGAGGAGAUCACAGCUCUGAAGAUCAAGCACAACCCAUUUGCCAAAGCAUUCCUCGAUGCCAAAGAAAGAAGUGACCACAAGGACAUCCCAGACCACAGCACUGACAAUCAGCAGUCUGGAUACUCACAGCCAGUUGGCGGCUGGUUCUUGCCCAGUAACGGCCCUAUGGGCCCCAGCAGCAGCCCUCCCCAGUUCAGCGGGGCCCCUGUUCACUCCUCGGGCUCGUACUGUGAGAGAUACUCCAGCCUGAGGAACCACAGAGCGGCCCCGUAUCCCAGCCAUUACCCCCACCGCAGCACUACCACCAACAACUACAUGGACAACUCUUCAGGAAGUCUUGCUUCUCACGACAGCUGGUCAGCCCUGCAGAUCCCCAACUCUAGCGGCAUGGGCACCUUGGCCCACACCACCAACACGACCUCUAACACCAGCCAGUACCCAAGCUUGUGGUCCGUCGCGGGGACGACCCUCACCCCGUCGGGCUCGGCAUCAUCGGGGUCCAUCGCCGGCGGCCUGACGUCUCAGUUCCUGCGCGGCUCUUCGGUGUCCUACUCUGGGCUGACCUCGUCUCUGCCCGUGUCCUCUCCCUCCUCCAUGUAUGAUCCGGGCUUGAGCGAGGUUGGCGUGGGAGAUGCCCAGUUUGAGAGCUCCAUCGCCAGGCUUACAGCGUCCUGGGCUCCUGUGGCACAGAGCUACUGACCCAACUGAGACUGAUGGUGCAUUAUGGGACAUCCUACAAAGGAAGAUCUAGAAGAGCUUCAGAAAACGGGUCCAUUUUUAAAUUCAACAAUCAAGAGCUGACAAUCACUUAAUCAUAGAGUAUCUAUAUUUACAUUUUAGACAUCCGCCAUAAAAUGGGGCCAAUUAUUAUGUUUAUUCUUAAUAAUGUUAUCUAAAAUAUUAAUAAGACCAAAUCGUGCUGUUGACUCACUAAAAUGUAUAUGUGUGUAAAUAAAUAGAAAUUAACGACCAUUUUCAAUGUAUUGCAGUAUAUAACUGUAACAGUCUUACAUGUGCUUUCUGUAGAGCGAGAGAAAGACGGACUUUGAAAACGGUUGAAAACACAAGAGUGACCCUGUAGUUACGUCUGCAAUCCGUCCUAUAGAGAAAUCAUCUGUACAUAUCUAUCUAUUUGUAUUUGUUGGACUCUUUGGGAGUUUUAUUUAUGUCAUUUUAAUAAUAAAUUAAAUUUCUUUUUUUUUUUUUUUCUGUCA